AUGACUACCCUCCAACCCGGCGACACUUUCCCUGCUGAUGUGAAGUUCAAGUACAUCCCUUGGACUGAAGAGAGCAGUGAUGCCUCUUCGUGCGGGAUCCCAAUUGAUUACAAUGCCUCCGAGAAGUGGGCAGACAAGAAGGUCGUCCUUUUCUCAGUCCCUGGCGCCUUCACCCCCACUUGCUCCGUCAACCACGUCCCCGGAUACAUCCAGAACCUCCCCAAGCUGAGAGAGAAGGGUGUCGAUAUUGUUGCGGUUCUCGCUUUCAAUGAUCCCUUUGUUAUGAGCGCAUGGGGCAAGGUCAAUGGAGUGCGCGAUAGCAUUCUUUUCCUUUCCGAUCCCGAUGCCACCUUCUCCAAGAGCAUUGGAUGGGCUGACGCUGCCUCGGGUCGCACCGGCCGUUAUGCUAUUGUCAUCGACCACGGCAAGAUUAGUUAUGCCCAGAUCGAGACCGAGAGAGGUGCCGUUAAGAAGUCUGGAGCCGAUGCCGUCCUUGCCUCCCUUUAA